CGUCAAUAAAACACAACAAGACAACAACUGUCAAAGGCAUGUAAACAAAAUUAAUUCAAGUUAAUAAUUUACUAAUUUAUUUAUAAUUCACAUCCCAAUGACAGAGGACUCAAAUGACAAAAAUGAUGUGCAAUUUCACAAAAAAUCUUAUUCUUGAGGACAACUUGGGACAAAUUUGAAAAAAAUUUCUAAAAAAAAUAUUUGAAGGCAAUUCCAAAAAAAAUCCAAAAAACAUGUUUGUCUAUUUGAGUAAAAAAAUAGCCAUACCCAACAAUUAUCGACUGAACUGCAUUUCAUGGAAUCAAAAACAGGGUUUCAUAGCCGUCGGAGGAGAAGAUGGUCUCUUAAAAGUUCUCCGAGUUGAAGGAAGCACUUCCGGACCAAGCAGUGGUAAAACUCGCGGUGUCGCUUCCAGCAACAAUCUCAGUAUGAAUCAAACACUCGAGGGUCACAAUGGUCACGUGCAAGUUGUCACUUGGAACGAGGAGUACAAAAAAUUGACCUCCAGCGAUCAGAACGGCGUCAUAAUCGUCUGGAUGCUGUACAAAGGCUCCUGGUACGAGGAGAUGAUAAACAACCGAAACAAAUCGGUCGUAAGGGGAAUGGCUUGGAGCCAAGAUGGUCAAAAGAUCUGCAUUGUCUAUGAGGACGGUGCCGUGAUUGUCGGCUCAGUCGACGGAAAUCGAAUCUGGGGCAAGGAUCUAAAGAACACAGUACUUUCCGGAGUGCAAUGGUCGCCUGAUGGAAGACUUCUUUUAUUCGGUUUGAAGACCGGCGAAGUGCAUCUCUACGAUAAUCAAGGUACAUUUCUAACGAAAUUAAACAUCGUUCCCUUAAAUUCAGGCCAACCGCAGACUAUCGUCGCAAUGCACUGGUACGACGGCAAGAAUGGCUACACUUCCCUCGACUAUCCAACACUCGCAAUCUGCUAUCAAAGUGGAAAAGUUCAGCUAACCCGAGACACAGCAGAUGAAAAUCCAAUUGUCAUCAAUACCGGAAUGGCAGCAGUUUGGUGCGCUUGGAACGGGAACGGCUCUCUGCUCGCCGUCACUGGAAUAAUACAAGGUUUUAAUCUCGGCGAUGGCAAAGAAUCAAACGCGAUUCAAUUUUACACCCCGCAUGGUCAACAUGUCAGGACUUUGAAAAUUCCCGGCAGGGAAGUCACAUGCUGUUCCUGGGAGGGUGGAUCCUUACGUGUCUCCUUAUCGGUCGAUUCGCAUAUUUAUUUCGCGAACAUACGACCGAAUUACAAAUGGACUUACUUUAGUAAUACGGUCGUGUUCACUAACGAGAGGAUCAGUAAGGACGGGAUUUGUAUAACUUUCUGGAAUACAAGCAACAAUAGUUGUUGUACAAAGUACGUGAAGUCUUUGAUAUCGAUAACUUCGCAGGGAGAACACUGCCUCCUGGCUGUUAAGAACGAUCCAGUGCAAGGGACCGAGCAAUUUGUGUUGAUGGUCUGCAACACAAUUUCCACGCCAAUAGAUACGAAAUUCACCGAUUUGGAACCUUUGCACGUGACAAUGACCAACAACGCAGUUAUCGCUGCUUCUAAGAAUAAUUUUUUGAUCUGGAAUUUUCGAACUCCGCGCACUUCUGUUUUGAAUGCAUCGAGAAUGAAGAGGGAUAAAAUAUACCACGUGGACGAUACACCAACCGGUGUUACCGAAGUUAUUCAGGAUUUGGACAAAGAUAGAACGUUCGAGACUCCGCUUAAUACGAAAGCCACAAUGGAUCCAAUCUGCUGUAUUUGUGCUACUGAUAAACUUUUACUUUUAGGCAGAGAAUCCGGAAUGAUACAACGCUACUCUCUUCCGCAAGUGACUUUGAUUAACAGGUACAACACUACAAAUAAACCCAGUAGAAUAGCGAUAAAUUGUAAUUCAACAAGAGCUUCGAUUAUGGACUAUUCGGGUGUUCUGACAAUGUUGGACUUGGAGACACAGAAGAGUUUCAACACCGAUGAAAAGGAGGAGGACUUCAGUAAGUUUGAGAGAAAGGACGUUUGGGCAAUGUGUUGGGCCCAGGAUAAUCCAUCUCUGAUUGCAAUUAUGGAAAAGACGCGAAUGUACGUCAUUCGGGGUUUGGAUCCAGAGGAGCCGAUCUCAUGUUCGGGUUAUAUUUGCACAUUUCAAGACUUGGAGAUUCGUUGUGUUCUUCUAGACGAAUUGAUACAGAAACCAGAGGAGACGAAAUCAGAAUUGGUUAUUGAUUUAGAGGUGAAAUCUCUGAGAGACACUCGAGAGUUAUUGGCGAAAGUUGGUUUGAAGGAGGCGAAUAAUUUUAUUCAAGAUAAUUCACAUCCUAGACUUUGGCGUUUAUUGGGCGAAUCGGCGCUGAAAGAUUUGGAUUUGGAAACAGCGGAGAAUGCAAUGGUUCGAUGCACGGAUUACUUGGGAAUUCAAUUCAUAAAACGACUGAGAAAUAUUCAUAAUGAUCAAUUAAAGAAGGCGGAGAUCGCAGCAUUUCUUGGCAAUUAUGACGAGGCGGAAAAAUUAUAUCUCGAUUUGGACCGAAGAGAUUUGGCGAUUAAUUUACGACAGAAACUUGGUGAUUAUUUUCGAGUUGUUCAACUAAUGAAAAUGGGUAUCGGUGGCUCGGACAAGCAAAUGGAGCAUGCUUUCAAUAAAAUUGGGGAUUUUUUUGCCGAAAGGCAGAAUUGGCAGGGCGCAAGGGAAUAUUAUGAGAAGGGACGAAAUCUUGAGAAGCUGGUCGAGUGUUAUUACAAAUUGGAAGAUUAUCACGAGUUGGCAACGGCUGUUGAUCAAUUGCCAGACAAGAGUCCUAUUUUGAAGGGAGUGGCGAAAAUGUUAGCCUCCGUGGGAAUGUGCUCACAGGCAGUGGCUGCUUACAUUAAAUACGGAGAUGUGAAGCAAGCAGUAGACACUUGCGUGCGUUUAAAUCACUGGGACCAGGCUGUCGAUCUAGCCAAGACUUACAAAAUGGCUCAGAUUGGUGAACUACUGAAUAAAUACGCCAAUCAUUUAUUAACAAAUGGAAAAAAAUUGCAAGCAAUUGAACUUUAUAAAAAGGCUAAUUAUCACCUGGAAGCUGCAAAACUUCUCAUGACAUUAGCAGAGGAACAGGCGAAGGGACGAACGAAUCCAUUAAGAGUGAAAAAAACUUACGUUUUGGCAGCUUUACUCAUCGAAGAUCACAUCAAUAGUACACCAAUAGCAAAGGGAACGAGAAGUAACAUUAUUAUGGGACUUUCGGAAAGUAAUGAAGAUACUCGAGUUAUUGAAACAGCCUGGAGAGGGGUUGAGGCUUAUCAUUUUUUGCUUCUCGCUCAUAAACAACUUUACGAGGGUAAUUAUGAUUCGGCGAUGAAAACUGCUUUGAGACUUCGUGAAUAUGAGGACUUUUUGGAGACGGAGGAUAUUUAUUGUUUAUUGGCCUUGUCAAGUUGUCUCAAUCAGGCUUUUGCAACGUGUUCGAAGGCUUUUAUUAAACUUGAGGCAUUGGAGCAAAUUUCUAACACGCAACGAGAAGAAUAUGAAGAAUUGGCUUUGAACAUCUUCAUGAAACAUAAUCCAAAAGAUACACGAAAUACAAAAUCGGAAUGUGUUAGUUGUGAGAGUUUAAUUCCUGAUUGGUGUGUUGCAUGUCCUAAUUGCAUGACAAGAUUUUCGGCCUGUGUUGUUUCUGGUAAACCAAUUAUGGAUCCAAAUACUGCUUGGAUUUGCACAGUUUGCAAGCAUCAUGCAGCUUCUGAACGAGAUGUUGUUAAUAUCAGAGCUUGUCCUUUAUGUCACAGCACUGUCACUUACAUGUAAUUUUUUUUACAAUUAGUAUUUCGUAAAAAUUUUGAACGUUCAGAUGAAUGAUUAAAUUUAAAUAUUUAUUUUAAUUUAAUAUUUAAAUAUUUAU